AUGGAUUCAGAUGAUGAUUGGGACGCCGACGAGCCCAACAGCUUGAUCCACAUCCCUCUCGAGUCUCACCAGGGACGGACCAUACUUCCAACUCCCAUUGCAAAGGCUGUCAGUCUCGCCACCCGCUCAACAUGCUUGGCCAUCCGCGUCGGUACUCUCAUCAGCUCUUAUGGCUUCGAUGCCGCCAAGUUCACCACUCUCUCAAGCCUCGAGCUGGGCAGGGGUAUUCUUGAGGGAAUCCUCAGUAGGUCUGGCAGGGACAUGCUCGUGCGCUCCAAUAGUGACUUGGGAAGGGAGGAUGCCGAAACCGUCCUGGAGAGAAGCUUGGAGCAUCUUCAUCACGCCAUGUCACAGAUCGUAUUCUGGACUACAACUGGCUUUCAGAUGACUAGUACCACCUUUUCGGUUGUGUCAGAGGUAUCGCAGCUACUUCUCUCGUCUCUCGACCAGUUCUUCGGCUCUACCGACUCAUCACGCGCUAUUGCGAGUAUCAUUACUCUCAUCCGUCGCGAAUUCCAGAACCCUGCAACCGGGGUAGAGGGCGAACGUGUGGGUGUCGUUGACCUCGUUAUGGGCUUGUGCGCCCUGGCGUACUUACAACGCAAGUGUCGACGCUUUCUUGACGAGGAGAGCAGGCGGUUGGGUCAUGACGAAAUCGUCUGGGAUGUUGUUGUUCUCAACGAUGGCGAACGAGUCGACGUCCACGAGAACAGUCUUUACGGAGUGCACAAGGGCCGCUACAAGAGCAAGGGCCCCGAUAUAUUGGUAUCAAUCCCAGGCGACCAACCUAGUCCUAGUAUUCUGGCUACCAUCGAACGCCACGGAGAACGAGAAACCAGCGAAGACGAGGACGAAGACGAUUUGCCCGAGAUCCGUCUGAAGAACCAGAUCAUGCGCUCUCUGCCCUCGGAUACAAGCGUUUCUAUAUCAACAACUACCUUGACGAGAAAGAUGAUCACCGUGGACUUUACUGGCCCCGAGCCACCAACGCUAACACCGCCUCCUGGCGUGGAGGUCGUUGAACGAGAAGUCCUACCAUCGGCAGAGUAUCAAAAGGAGCAAACCACACGACAACAGGCGCUUGCUGAUGUUCCGACAUACCGGGUUGUCUAUAGGGUGGACAAGAGCAAACAGCGGAGCACGACAUUUCGGGGUUAUGAGGAGCCGGAAGAGAUGUCUGGAAAAGUGGAAUCCCUAGACGAUACCGAAGAGUCUGAUGGCCAAGGCCAAGACGGCGAUAGUGACGACCCGCCACCUGUUCCUCCUAAAACUGCGCUGCCAGCCGGUCUGACCAGCUCCUCGAGGGCAGAGGCAAGUUCCAUUUCAACUCCUCGUCGGACAAAGCUUGGCCCUAGGCUCCCGUCAACUUCCCCCAACAGCAGAGCUUCCCAAAUCCCAACGCCCAAGCAGAACCCGGAAAACGCGCCAAAUCAAAAGCGACAGCGAGCUCCACUCGCCCCUUUACCAGUGAGAGCACGGCAUGAGAACGCUGUACCAUCGCAUCCUGAGACCACCAAGGCCAAGAGAACUAAAGGCGAGCCUUUGUCAACAAGCAAGGCCUCAGAAAAAUCCGCCGAGAAGAAAGGCGGUAUCAGACAAGCCUUGAAGAGGGGCACCAGCUCGAAUAUCUCUAACCUAUUCCACCGAGACGGAACGGGCACUACGAGCUCGCAAUCCACUGGGAAAGCCAAGCAGAUACCCCGAUCUGCACCCGCGGAUAGGACUACACGUACUCCUGCUCAGUCCAACCGUCCUUCCCAGACCCGGGCCAUGGGACCGACUGCUGCUUCCAGCUCCCGAGGCCGCAAUUACGAGAACCCUUCGCCAGUACCUCGCAGCUCAUCGCGAGCUAGUUACAUCUCGGUCCAUGAGCGCCGGCGAGACUCGAUUGUGUCGCAGACCGAUACUUACUCCUUCCACGCUGUUGACGGGCUUCGGCCACAGUCGCCGGGAUUCGGUCGCCGAGACGGCAUGGGCCAGUCCGGUAUCCCAAAGUCGCGUUCAGAAAAGGACAUUAACGACCAGAAGCCGUCAUCACCAAUGAAAUCUCGCAGAGCACGCUCACACGUCAACACGCCAAGUCUCUACAGUAUCGCGAAUACGGGCUCUCAAACGUCGCUGGUAUUGUCUUCGUACUAUCAGAAGAGUGCAUACACAGAUUCUGAAGCCAUCGAUACCUUGAGACGGGCGGGCACAGUAGAUGGUGUCUUCCCAGCCUUCCACUUGCUUCGUAACAUCACCCGUUACAUGAGGUUUUCUUCGGCUUCCUACGGUUCCAACUUUCUCAAGUUCAUGGGCAUUUCAAAAGAGAUGCCCCUGCUUAGGGCACUAGACGACACGCAUCAUGAAAUCCGAUCCUUUGCCCACCACACAGAAUCCGAGGCUGAAAGUAUCCUCCUCGCCUCAUUCGUUGACGCUCAAGGAGGAUCGGACACGACUGGCUCUACGGGGACCGGUGUUCCCUUGGUCCAUUACAUCUCCCUGGACCACGAAUCCAAAGCUGUCGUACUUGCAUGCCGUGGAACACUAGGCUUCGAGGAUGUCUUGGCCGACAUGGCGUGCGACUAUGACAAUCUGUACUGGAGAGGCAAGUCAUACAAGGUCCACAAGGGUAUCCACGCAUCAGCCCGGCGCUUGCUCUACGGCGGCGACGGUCGUGUUUUGUAUACACUCAAAGAAGCUUUGGACGAGUUUAGCGAUUAUGGACUGGUCCUUUGCGGGCAUUCGCUCGGAGGCGGUGUAACAGCCCUGCUGGGCACGAUGCUCGCGGAGCCAUCAUCCACCGGCACAGGGUCGCCCCAUUCACGUCUACGCCUACGGCCCCCCGGCACCAUGUCGCCCGCCCUCCGCAAAGCGACCCGAGGUCUCGUCACGAGUGUCGUUCACGGUUGCGACCUGGUCCCAUUCCUGUCACUGGGUGUUCUGCACGAUUUCCAAGCCGUUGCGCUCGCCUUCAAGAGCGACAACCAUGAGGCCAAGGUCGAGGUAAGACAGCGCAUAUGGCAGGCUUUCCAGUCCGGCCUCGCAGAGAAGUGGUAUACGAGCAGCAGCCGCUCGAUGGUCGCCGACGAGGACAAGUGGAGCAUCUCAGCGCUGACGACGCUGCGGUCAAGCAUGAUGAGCCUCAAGCUCUUGCCCCCCGGCGAGGUCUUCAUCAUUGAGAGCCAGCGGGUGUUGAGACGCGACGCGUUUCUAUUGUCUGAUGAGGAGUCGAUCGGACGACCUGCGCAGCGAAUCGUGUUAAAAUACGUGAGGGACGUUGAGUCCAGGUUCAGAGAGGUCCGCUUUGGCACAAGUAUGCUCAUUGACCAUAGCCCGGCUAAGUACGAGGAUGCACUGAAUAAGCUGCGCUUUGGGGUUGUUGAGACGGGUUAA